CCUAUAUCAAGGUCUGCUGCCUCUACUGUGAAUACUUAUCCCCAUUCUCAUUCCACUCCUCCCAACCAAAGCUAUUCCAGUUUAAAUAAAACAAAAAAAAAAAAUACAACACGAUGUCCUGCAACCUUGUCGCAAACCCCAGCUUCGAAACCGGCUCCCUAGCCCCAUGGGCCGCCUCUGCCGCCAAUGUGGCAACCAUCCUCAGCGGCUCUACUGCAUACAGCGGCGACUACUAUCUCCAACUCCAAACCGCCGUGGGUAACCGCGGAAACACCAUCUCCCAACGCUUGACGCACCUCGACCGCUCCAAGAACUACACUGUGACCGUGGAAGCCCAAGUCGCAGCUUACUCGGCGACUUACUGCUUUGUGAGUCUUUAUAUGGGCCAUAACUCAACAACCGGCUUGAUCGCUUCGGAUGUCAUCGACGCGACGGGGGAAUGGACCGAGGUCAGGGGGUACUAUGUGCCUGAGCACGCGAGCGAGGUGUUGCACAUUGUUGCGAGUUGCGACCUUGAGGAUCCUUCUUAUGUUGGGAAUGUUCUUCUUGAUGAUGUGAUCUUUAGUGACUGCUAGAUUGGAAAUAGGUUGUAUAUAGUAGUAUAGUACAUACAGGAUCAUCCUCCAUAUCUGCAUUCUGCACGAAACUAUCAGGGAUGAGUAGGGCAGUAGUGACGGAAUAGGAUAAUGGUGCUACGAG